AGUGGCAGCAAGCUCGGAGGAGUAACAGGCGGCAGCCAUCUUGGCUCACCCUCUGGAGCCUAAACAGCCAUUCCCGUAGCCUGAAAUGGCUGCGACACUUCACACCGAUUUAGGGGACAUUAAAAUCGAAGUGUUUUGUGAGAGAGCACCUAAAGCAUGCGAGAACUUUCUCGCUCUAUGCGCCGGUAACUAUUACACUGGGUGCCUCUUCCACAGGAACAUUAAAGGCUUCAUGGUACAAACAGGAGAUCCUUCAGGUUCCGGAAAAGGAGGUCAAAGCAUCUGGGGCCGGAAGUUUGAAGAUGAAUUUAGUGAAUACUUGAAGCACAGUGUACGAGGAGUCGUCUCAAUGGCCAACAACGGUCCCAAUACUAAUAGUUCCCAGUUCUUCAUUACAUAUGGCAAACAACCCCACCUGGACAUGAAGUACACCGUGUUUGGGAAAGUAAUUGAUGGCCUUGACACACUGGAUGAGUUGGAGAAGCUGCCCGUACAUGAGAAAUCAUUCCGCCCUCUUACCGAAGUUCGAAUAAAAGAUGUCACCAUUCACGCUAACCCCUUUGCUCUCUAGUCUGUGUAAUCAGGAUUAUCAAGACCGAUCCCACUUCUGUGGAGCUACCGAUGGCUUCCAGAUUAUCACCCUGGGAAUUUGUAACUUGCAAUGAUCAGUGAUGGACUUCUGCCUAAACAUAAAUGAUAGAUAUCCUCUCUGUUUAUCCAGGACUUUGUCUAAUUCUGUUAUACAUACUGUGCCAGAUUUCACCUCAAUGGCCAGUUUCAUGUCUUUUUGUAUUGAUCUGUGAAUGUUUGUGAAAUUAAAUUCAUUUUUAAGAUAAA